CCACCGGGGGGAGCUGCACAUUCUUCUGCAGGAGGAGGAUCUGGAUCCUGGAUGUCGCCGUAAUCCUCUUAGCUCCCUGAGCCUCCUGCCUCCACAGAUUCACACCUCAGCGGCAACAUGCACAAAACGCACAACGCGUACCGACCUCCAGAGUACAACGACGACCAGAACUCUCUCUGCUCCUCCUUUUGGUCCGAUGGAGACCGACGAGAGGAGGAGGAGGAAGAGGAGACUGCGCAGGUGGUUGGCGAGGAAGAGCGCGAACCUGUCAGCAUGUUGGAGGACGAGUCCAAACCUUUUGGGGAUGCAGAGGACUCGCUCCAGGAGCCUUCGGAGGAAAAGGACUCUGAAUCCUUCAGCUACUCAGAAGAUUCUCUCCAGGAGGAGGAGGAGGAGGAGGAGGAGUCCACACCUGUUGGCGGAGCAGGAGACUCUCUCCAGGAGGAUUCAGAGCAGGAAGACGACUCCAACCCACUCAGCGGUUCAGAGGACUCCUACUGCGAGGAUCCAGAGGAGGAGAUUGAGCGAUUUAUCUGCGAGAAGGAGUCCACACCUGGACCUGCGGGUGAAGAAGACUCUCCUCAGGAGGAGGAGGACUCUCGUCCUCGUGAGGAAAAGCCUGCAGUGAACCACCAGGUCACCAUCAGUCAGGAGGGAUCGGGAGGCGGACAUGGGGAGGAUGAUGAAGAUGAAGAAGAUGAUAGUCCCGCUCAGAGUCUGAUGACCUCCGGCUACGGCACCUUCCAACCGGAGGAGCUGGACGGAGGAGACGACCGGGACGACCGCACCAUCGCGGGCUUCGACCACGACAGUCGCGGAGACCCGUCCGAGACGAGGGACGACGAAGAGGAAGAGGAUGACCGCUCGCUGGGCUGGUUCGACCUCGGCCCCUCGGAGCCACGUGGUCCGCACGGAGAGGUGGACACGGUGGGACCAGGAGGAGACAAAGGGCCGCGUGCAAAGCCUGAGACGGGACAACAAGUCUGUGCUGCUGAAGACAAAGUGGGCGCGAAGAAUUCUGAAGGCGGGAGCGGUGAUGAAGAGGGAAAGCAACAGGAAACUAAAAGCGGAGACACUGAGGACGAAGCGGAGUCCUCAAGCAACAAAGACAUCAAGUUUAUCGACUCCAAAGUGGACGUCAGACACUCCGAGUGGGACGGAAACCUCCGACAGAAGAAGACAGCGAGCGGUCUGGAGGAGCGGCUGGCUGGUCUCCAGCUGUCCUCCUCGGGUCAGAGCUCUGAGACGGACCAGGUCUCCUUCAGCGCCUUGGAGUCCUACAUCGGGGGCCUGACGCGAAGUCGAAGCGACGGUGACCUCCGACCCAAACCCAAAUCCUUCAUCCGACCAGCGAUGAGUCAGCAAACCAUAAAGAAGACGGACCCGGUGGCCAAGUAUUUCAAGUACAAGCAGCUCUGGGAAACGUUCACGCUUCCAGGAGACGGGGACAGGCGGUCCCUCCGCUCGGAGCUGAAGGAACGACUUGCAUACCAACCUCCUGCACCCAAACCUCGGAGGACCUACGUGCCGAACUCCUACGUGGUGCCGACGGAGAAGAAGCGCUCCGCCCUCCGAUGGGAGCUCAGGAACGCCCUCGCCAGCGGACUCCUCCCCCACACAUUCAGAUUCCAGCCGUAGGCCUUCUUAAAGACUUUUAAUGUGACUGCAUCGAUGUUGUUUUUCUUAUAAAAAGGUGUUAUUUAUUGAUUCUUUCCGUGACACAAUAAAGGGUCUCUACGGUA